AUGCUGAAUAAAGUCAAGACACAAGGUCUGGUGUCAGACUUGAUGCCAAACAUCAAGCUUAUGCAAAUGGCCGGACAUUUCUUGUUCAAUUAUCAUUCUGAGAAUGAUGGCAUGACAUCUCUACUCCGGAAGGUGUAUGCCAGUGUUCAUGCCCUCUUGAUUGUCACCCAGUACUUGUGCAUGGUGGCUAACAUGGCCCAAUACUCCGAUGAAGUAAACGAACUCACGGCAAAUACAAUCACAAUACUUUUUUUCGCGCACUCGAUUAUCAAGCUGUUGUUUUUUGCUAUCACUUCUAAAAAUUUUUAUAGGACCCUCGCAGUAUGGAAUCAGUCGAACAGCCACCCGCUCUUCACUGAGUCUGAUGCUCGAUACCACCAACUAGCCUUGACGAAGAUGAGGAGAUUGUUAUAUUUUAUCAGUGGGAUGACAAUGUUAUCUGUUGUUUGCUGGGUAACAAUUACAUUCUUUGGUGAUUCAGUACGUCUGAUUCUCGAUAAGGAUACAAAUGAAACGUUGACAGAACCAGCACCUCGUUUACCAGUGAAGGCUUGGUACCCGUUUAAUGCCAUGAGUGGUACCAUGUAUAUUGUUGCAUUUGUCUUUCAGGUAUAUUGGUUAUUUUUUUCAAUGAUGAUAGCCAACUUAUUGGACGUUAUGUUCUGUUCGUGGUUGAUAUUUGCGUGUGAACAGCUGCAACACCUCAAAGCAAUCAUGAAACCUUUAAUGGAGCUAAGUGCCUCUUUGGACACCUACAGGCCGAACACUGCUGAUCUUUUUAGAGUGUCUUCAUCGGAUAAAAAUGAAAAAGAACCACUUGACCUUGACAUUCGCGGAAUAUACUCGACACAAACGGACUUUGGUAUAACCCUCCGUGGGGCUGGAGGUAGACUUCAGACUUUUGGGCAGCCUCCUAAUAAUCCUAAUGGCCUAACGCAGAAACAGGAAAUGUUAGCUCGAUCGGCUAUUAAAUACUGGGUGGAAAGACACAAGCAUGUUGUCAGGUUGGUUACUUCAAUUGGAGACACAUACGGUACAGCUCUGUUAUUCCAUAUGCUUGUGUCAACUAUCACCCUCACUCUUCUGGCUUAUCAAGCUACAAAGAUAAACGGCUUAAACGUGUACGCGUUCACCACUAUUGGAUAUUUGAGUUAUACGCUUGGACAAGUUUUUCACUUCUGCAUUUUCGGAAAUCGACUUAUUGAAGAGAGUUCCUCAGUAAUGGAAGCGGCUUAUUCCUGCCAAUGGUACGAUGGAUCAGAGGAGGCGAAGACCUUCGUCCAGAUAGUCUGCCAGCAGUGUCAGAAGGCCAUGAGCAUUUCUGGAGCUAAGUUCUUCACAGUGUCCCUUGAUUUAUUUGCUUCUGUACUAGGUGCAGUUGUAACAUACUUCAUGGUGUUAGUCCAACUUAAAUAAAUAUUUUUUUUAAUCUUUUCGAUAAAUUGUGAGCAUAUUUGUAAGUUUUUUUUAUUUCUACUAUUGCAAC